GCUAACUUUUGGGAUGUGAGUUAGGCGCAAGACCAAUUUUAACAAAAGUAAAUAUUGUUCAUUCGCUAGUGUUUUUCCCCCCAGCUGGUGUUGGUACCCAGAUUGGGGUUCCACUAAAUCCAGAUUUUCUCACAUAUGUUCUAGCCUUGGUGGAUAGAGUUAUCUUGUACCUUUGGUGGGAGGUGGCAGACAUCCAGUGGAAUUAGUCUAAGGUGAGGGCAAGCUGGUCCGGACACUAUGGUUAUCAAAAAAAAAAAAUGAAAAAAGAAAAACUAGAACCCAAGACUUGGCUAAGGAUGGAGUACUCACUAGUGUACUAUGACUACAACUGUUUUAUUCUAAUAUGCAGAAUUUGUUAGACUGCUAUAGUUGAGUGAGAACUGUUUCUUUAAAAGGGAUGACAUGAUACAGGAGUGAAUCUAUUAUUUUCGUAGAUUUUUUUUUUCCAGUAAAAAUAAGGAAAACUUUUAGUAUUGUUAUUAUUAGGUUGUUUUUUUUUGUUGUUUAAUUUUUUAAAUUUGGUAUGAUGUUAUUUGAACUUAAAUAUAUAAACAUGGUCAGUGAUGAUUUAUUGAUCUAUACUGUUGACUAUGGCUUGUUUGAGAUUGAAACUUAGUCCUUUGUUGUGACUAUAUAUGAUUUGUUUAAGAUUGAAAUAUAGUUAUUAUUUGUAUAUUUGUACUACCGUGGAAGAUUUUAUAUGUUUAAUGACGCCGUCAUCCUUCACUUUUUACCUAAACAGUCAUUUCAUUUCAGUUUUUCUGGAUGUCCUGGAAGGGCAAGAAAAUCAUAAAUUAUUUAAAACCUAAAAUUAAAUCCAAAAAUUAAGGAGAGAAGCUUCUAUGUUACCUUUUUCAAAACAAUUUAAGGAGAGAGAAGCUUCUGGAAAGAUUUAAAGUGUGCAUUUUAAAAUAAAAUCAUUUCUUUUCCAUCGUGCAUAACUCAAUAUGCUCAACGUACAAAAACACAAUUUUUGUACCAUUGACUUAUAAACAAAAAUUCCUUUUCCAUUGCCAAAAUCAUUUUUUGCACCUUUUCUGAAACACCAUCUUUCUUAUAUAUAUAGAACUUCCACAUUGAAAGCCACCCCCAUCAUCUUCCCAAAAAAUAAUUACCAAAAAACUCCAUCUCCCUCUAUUCUACCUAUAUAUCUCUUUCAUAUUCAUAUCUAAUUUUGAUCUUCAGAAAUUUAAUUUUAUCAUUCAACAAUUUCUAUCAUAUAUCAUAUAUUUAUUUUAUUUUAUUUCCAGGAUUGAUUGUUUUUAUCCCGUGCCUUUAUAUCGAUUCUCCUUGGGAUAUAUUGUUCUUUUGGUUUUGUAGGCCACUUACAAUUUUUUAGUUUUAUGUCCUUUUUAGAAGAGACCUAAAAAGGCCAUUUUUUUCUAUUUAUAUUUUAAGUGGUCAAGAGAUCUUAAUUACUCGAUCCCUUUUGGAUCAUUGGUAUAUUGGUAUUAAGAAAUAACAAGAUGGAUCAUAAUCAUCAUAGGGAUAAUGAAUUUGAACAUCAAGAAAUCCAGAAGGCAAAGGCAUCAUCAAAAUUCAAUAGAUCAAAAACCAUACACACCCCCAGAAAUUCGAUUGAAUGCCCCGAAAAGCCUUUAUAUCUCUACCCUUCUCCUCAUUCGAUUGAACGUAAUGGCUCCAUUAAAAAGCUUCAUUGUUCACCUUUAGGUUCCAUGGUUGGAACUUCAUUCAAAGGAAAAGUGAAAAAAUUAUAUUCUAUUUUCGAUUCUCUUAAGGAAAAUCAUCAUCGAUCCUCAAUACCGAAACCUCAAACCACCAAGUAUUCAAAGCCAUUGAUAUCUAGUUCCCCGUUAUUGCCUGGUACAGAGGAUCGUGUGGUAAUCUACUUAACGAGUAUACGUGGAAUUAGAAGGACAUUCGAGGAUUGUUACACGGUGAAAAUGAUAUUAGGAAGCUAUCGUGUUAAAGUCGAUGAAAGAGAUGUCUCAAUGCACAUCGCGUAUAGGAAGGAAUUACAAAGUGUUAUGGGUGAGAAGAAGAACAAUAAUAUUGUGACAUUGCCACAGAUUUUUAUCAAAGGGAAAUACAUUGGAGGCGCUGAAUUAAUCAAGCAAUUGAAUGAAAUUGGUGAACUGCGAAAGUUAUUAAGAGGGAUUCCUUUAAGGCCAAUUGGAUAUAUUUGUGAAGGGUGUGGGGAUGUACGGUUCGUGCCUUGCUCGAAUUGCGAUGGCAGCAGAAAAUUUUUCGAUGAAGAUGACGGACAGAUUAGGAGGUGUCUUGUUUGUAAUGAGAAUGGAUUGGUUCGAUGCACACUUUGUUGUUCUUGAUCUGCAUAAAUUUGUGAGUGGUAUUGAUUACAUUUUCGUGUACUUGGCCUAUCGCCUUAUAGUUUUUAGCUGGUGAGGCAUAAAGCGAAUUCAGAAUUUUAAAUGAGUUGAGGUAAACCUAACCUAACUCUUUUGUAUUAACAGGUGGCGUUUUAAUACUUAUAAAUUAUCUACUACUACUACAUAUAUUGAAAUUGUAUAGUUGUAUGGAUAGUGAUGGGGUGCACUGUAGUGGGUGCUUAUUCACCUGUUGACAUACCAAUUUUUUCUAUAUACAGAAAAAGUUCAAAAUUGCUCCUGAACUAUUUGAAAUGGAACAUUUUGGUCCUCCGUUAAUAAUUGGGGUCAUUUGCUAGUA